AUGACUAGCGGCACAACCCCCUCUCAUGUGCAGUCCUCGCUGCCGUCCCUCCCCUCCCAUCUACAAUCAGAUACCCAUCUGACAGCCCACCUCGCCAGCCGAUUCCAUGUCGGCCUUCCAACCGCUCGUCUGUCAUCACAGGCGCUAAUCUGUCUGAAUACAUACACCUCGUCGUCCAAAGGUCCCGAUGGAGGCAAGGAAGGAAGCGCCAUGGGCGAGGCUGAGGACCUCGCCCGACGCGCCUUCACUCGUCUCGGGGCACGUGGAGAGAACCAAGCGGUUGUCUUCCUUGGAGAGAGCGGCGCCGGGAAGACGACGAUUCGCUCCCACCUCCUUUCAUCACUUCUGUCGUACUCCUCAACACCGCUCUCCUCCAAAUUGUCUUUGCAAUACGAUACAUCCUCCUCCGUUAAUCCCACCCUCAUCGGAGGCAAGAUCAUUGACCACCGACUGGAACGGAGUCGCAUUGCGUCCGUUCCCACCGGAGAGCGGAGCUUCCACGUCCUCUAUUAUCUCCUGGCGGGAACCAGUGCGGCCGAGAAGGCGCAUUUAGGUUUCGACAACCCGAUUCACAUCACCACCGGCGGUGGGAAGCUCUCAUCUGCUUCCGUUAGCCACAAGAGAUGGAGGUACCUGGGCCACCCUACUCAGCUCAAGGUGGGGAUCAAUGACUCCGAGGGUUUCCAACACUUCAAGACCGCCCUGAGAAAGCUAGAGUUCCCCCGGAGCGAGAUCGCCGAGAUCUGCCAGAUUCUCGCGGCCAUUCUCCAUAUCGGUCAAUUGGACUUUGUGAGUGGUCAAGCGACUCUCACCUCUGCAGAGGAAUCCGGCGGAUACUCGCAUGAGGGUGGCGAGACCGUCACGGUCGUGAAAAACAAGGAUGUACUCUCCAUUGUUGCGGCGUUCCUGGGACUCGGAGUCGAGGACCUCGAGAACAGUUUCGGCUAUCGAACCAAGACCAUCCACCGCGAGCGGGUGACGGUCAUGCUGGAUCCAAAGGGCGCCCGCCAGAAUGCCGACGCGCUUGCGCGCACUCUGUACUCCCUUCUCGUCGCUUAUGUGAUUGAGACUACGAAUCAGCGGAUCUGUGCGGCUGAGGACAGUGUCGCUAACACUAUUUCGAUUGUUGAUUUCCCCGGCUUUUCUCAGGCCUGCUCGACUGGAUCGACUCUAGACCAGUUGCUCAACAAUGCGGCCACCGAAUCCUUGUAUAACUUCUGCCUCCAAUCCUUUUUCGACCGAAAGGCCGACAUGUUGGAGCGUGAGGAAGUCUCUGUCCCCGCGACGAGCUACUUCGACAACACGGACGCUGUUCGUGGCCUGCUGAAACAGGGUAACGGUCUCCUCAGCAUCCUCGACGACCAGACCAGACGCGGUCGGACCGAUGCUCAGUUCCUCGAGUCCCUGCGGAAGCGUUUCGAGAACAAGAACCCCGCGAUCGUGGUGGAAAGCCCUGCAGGACGUGGUACGAAAUUCGUCUCCCAGAACGCCCGCACCGCCUUUACCGUGAAGCAUUUCGCCGGUGAGGUUGAUUACUCGGUGGAAGGUUUGCUCGAAGAGAACGGCGAUGUCGUCUCAGGUGAUCUGAUGAAUCUCAUGAAGAGCACCACGAGCGAAUUCGUACGGGAAUUGUUUGGGCAAGAGGCCCUCCAGACCAUCGCUCAUCCGAAAGAGAAAUCUGCCAUCAUACAAGCCCAGGUGAGCUCCAAGCCUCUGCGGAUGCCUAGUAUGGCUCGGCGGAAGACCCGCCCGCCUUCGCGGCUUGCCUUUGAUGCACCUACCGAUGGUCCAGAGGAGUACGACAGCCAGGCAGGCAGCAGUACUGCAAAAGGCUCCGACAGAAGGAAGAGCGCGAUGAGCAUGGUCGGUAUCCAGGGCGCCGCAGGCCAGUUCUUGUCAUCUCUGGACAUCGUCAAUAAAUGCCUAAGUUCGACCAACUCGAAUCCUUACUUCGUCUUCUGCUUGAAACCAAAUGACCGACGCAUCGCGAACCAAUUUGACAGCAAGUGUGUCCGGUCACAGAUGCAGACGUUUGGAAUUGCGGAAAUCAGCCAACGGCUCCGCAACGCGGAUUUCAGUGUCUUCCUCCCGUUCGCUGAAUUCCUGGGCCUGGCUGAAAUCGGCAAUGUUGUCGUCGGCAGUGACAAGGAGAAAUCUGAAGUCGUCUUGGAUGAGAAGCGGUGGCCUAGCAAUGAAGCGCGCGUCGGCAGUACUGGGGUCUUCCUCAGUGAACGCUGUUGGGCUGAUCUUGCCAAGGUCGGAGAGCGCGUGCUUCCUGUCUACGCGGCCGACGGAUCUGAUGAAGGCGGCGACGGCUUGCUUCAUCCGCGUAGUGCUACUUAUAUGGACUCAAAGGUCCGACUGCUCCAUCCGGCGGACCAGUCUCCCGGCACUUACAUCUACGGCGAUGAUACUAAGGGAUAUUUCGGUGGUCGUGAUAUCGAUGGACGGUCUGAGGCUGGCGCUUCUGCCUUCAACUCGGGCGAUAUGUUCCGGAACCUGGAAACCAGAGAACAGAUGCUCGAGAAGGGUAACGAGAAGAAAAUGGAAGAAGUCGAGGAUGUUGCCGUGUCGGGUAGUCGCCGGCGCUGGAUGGCUCUCGUCUACUUGCUUACGUUUUACAUCCCCGACUUUGCCAUCAAGCUCUUCGGUCGAAUGAAGCGAAAGGAUGUGCGAAUAGCCUGGCGUGAAAAGUUUGCGAUCAACUUGAUCAUCUGGUUCAGUUGCGCCCUCGCUAUCUUCAUCGUUGUCGGCUUCCCAGGUCUGAUCUGUCCGACUCAACACGUCUAUUCGGCCGCCGAGUUAUCCUCGCAUGACGGAAAGCAUGGCCACAACUCGUACGUGGCCAUUCGUGGAGUUGUCUUCGACCUGGAUAAGUUCAUGCCUUCUCACUACCCGAAUAUCGUACCACAGUCUUCCCUGAAGAAGUACGCAGGGGUCGACGCUACGGGUCUCUUCCCGGUCCAAGUGUCGGCUUUGUGCCAGGGCAAAUCUGGAAAGGUUUCACCAUAUGUGCUGCUGGAUUAUACGCCAACCAAUAUCUCCGGAUCCGUCAGUACCAUCAGCUCUGCCGACGUGAACUCCAAGUACCACGAUUUCCGCUAUUUCACCAACGACUCUCGUCCGGACUGGUUCGCAGAACAGAUGCAGUCACUGAAAGCCAACUAUUUGAAGGGAUACGUUGGCUAUAGUUCUCAGUACCUCAAGACUUUGGCGGACAAAAAGCAGAAGUCGAUUGGGAGCAUCAACGGCAAGGUCUACGACUUGACGGCAUAUAUCACGGGAGGUCGCAGAACGGCUGCACCACCCGGGGAGAGCGUUCCUAGUAACGUCGACCGUGACUUUAUGGACUCUUCCGUGGUGGAACUCUUCCAGAGUCUUCCUGGUCAAGACCUUACAAAGCAUUGGGAAAGUCUCCAACUCGACCAGGAUGUUAUUGAUCGGAUGCAGCUGUGUCUGGACAACCUUUUUUUCGUCGGUCAUGUCGAUACACGUAAUUCGCCUCAGUGCCAAUUUGCACGGUACUUCAUCCUUGCGAUUUCCAUUCUUAUCUGCUGCGUGGUGCUCUUCAAGUUCGUGGCAGCCCUUCAAUUUGGACGCAAGAACGUCCCGGAGAACCUUGAUAAAUUCAUUAUUUGUCAGGUGCCUGCCUAUACCGAAGAUGAAGAGUCUCUGCGUCGUGCAAUUGAUUCGAUGGCUCGCAUGCGUUAUGAUGACAAGCGGAAGCUCCUGGUCGUGAUUUGCGACGGUAUGAUUAUUGGACAAGGAAACGACCGCCCAACUCCCAGAAUCGUCUUGGAUAUUCUGGGGGUACCAGAGUCGGUGGACCCUGAACCGCUCAGCUUCGAGAGUUUGGGUGAAGGCAUGAAGCAACACAACAUGGGCAAGAUCUACUCCGGUUUGUAUGAGGUCCAGGGCCAUAUCGUGCCGUUCCUUGUUGUUGUCAAGGUUGGAAAGCCUUCGGAAGUGUCUCGGCCUGGUAACCGCGGAAAGCGUGAUUCCCAGAUGGUCCUCAUGCGCUUCUUGAACCGUAUCCACUACAACCUUCCUAUGAGCCCGAUGGAACUGGAGAUGCAUCAUCAGAUCCGCAAUAUCAUUGGUGUCAACCCUACGUUCUACGAGUUCAUCCUACAGGUCGAUGCUGAUACGGUCGUCGCUCCGGACGCGGCGACUCGCAUGGUGUCAUCCUUCUUAUCAGACACGCGUCUCAUCGGUGUCUGUGGUGAGACAGCUUUGACAAACGCUAAAACCUCGGCAGUCACUAUGAUCCAGGUCUAUGAGUACUAUAUCUCUCAUAACCUUACCAAAGCAUUCGAGAGUCUGUUCGGAUCCGUGACCUGUCUUCCCGGUUGUUUCACAAUGUACCGUAUCCGCUCGGCUGAGACAGCAAAGCCGCUGUUCGUGAGCAAGGAAAUCGUUGACGGCUAUUCGGAGAUUCGUGUGGAUACCCUCCACAUGAAGAACCUUCUGCACCUCGGUGAAGACCGUUACCUGACGACACUGCUCCUGAAAUAUCAUCCGAAGUACAAGACCAAGUACAUCUACUCCGCCAAGGCCUGGACGAUUGCCCCCGAAAGCUGGGCUGUCUUCUUGUCCCAGCGUCGUCGGUGGAUCAACUCUACGGUUCACAACCUGAUUGAAUUGAUUCCGCUCCAACAGCUGUGUGGAUUCUGCUGCUUCAGUAUGCGAUUUAUUGUUUUCAUCGAUCUCCUCGGUACCGUCAUUCAGCCCGUCACAAUCGCCUACAUCGUUUACCUGAUCGUCUGGCUUGUUCGGGACACAUCCACCAUCCCAUGGACCGCCUUCGUUCUUCUCGCAGCAAUCUACGGUCUACAGGCCAUCAUUUUCAUCCUGCGCCGCAAGUGGGAGAUGGUUGGCUGGAUGAUCAUCUACAUUCUCGCCAUGCCUGUCUUCUCCCUGGCUCUGCCGCUCUACUCCUUCUGGCAUAUGGACGACUUCUCCUGGGGAAAUACGCGUGUCAUUACCGGAGAAAAGGGCCGCAAGAUCGUCAUCUCCGACGAAGGCAAAUUCGACCCGGCUUCGAUCCCCAAGAAGAAGUGGGAAGAGUAUCAGGCCGAGCUGUGGGAGGCGCAAACCUCUCGCGACGACCGCUCCGAAGCUUCAGGCUUUUCGUACGGCACGCGGUCCUACCACCCCGCCCAGUCCGAGUACGGAUUCCCCGGUGCGCGGCCGAUGUCACAAAUGGAUAUGGCGCGCUACGGUUCUCGCAUGUCGUUAGCCCCGUCGGAGAUGAUGAGCCACCAUAUGGACGUGAGCAUGGAGGACCUAUCUCAUCUGCCCAGCGACGACGCCAUCCUGGCAGAGAUCCGUGAGAUCCUUCGCACCGCUGACCUGAUGACCGUCACGAAGAAGAGCAUCAAACAGGAACUGGAGCGGCGGUUUGGCGUGAACCUGGAUGCGAAGCGUCCGUAUAUCAACUCAGCCACCGAAGCCGUUCUCUCUGGCGUUCUGUAA